AGGAGGACGCUCGCAGUUAACUGCCUGCUAGGUUGAGGAGAGUUGGGGUGCCCCGUAGACCCCUAGAUUCCUCCGAUGAACCCCAUCAACUCCAUGAAACCUGCCCUGCCUCCAACGCCACAUAGUGACGCCUCUUACCUAUAUGAUCCUGUCCCCUGGCAGCAAGGCCCCAAUCAGCCUGCAGGCUCCCUCUCUGUGGUAACCACAGUGUGGGGGGUAACCAAUCCUUCACCCAGCCAGGUUUUUGGCGCUCCCAUGGGUCCAGGCGGAAACUCAGCCGGUGGUCACAUGAUGCCUGGCAACAGCCCAGGCAUGAACUCCCCUCAGUUUAUGGGCCAGCAGGGCUACCCUGAGCCCAACAAGGGCUACAUGCAACAGGGCAUGUACGGGCGUCCCAGUGGAGGAUAUUCAGCCGGGCCUGGAUAUGGGGGCAGUUACCCCAAUAAUGGAGGAGGAUCCCUGGGGAUGCCACCCCAUGGUGUUCGCCCGCCCAACGACUUCACCCAAGCAGCCGCUGCAGCAGCUGUGGCCGCCGCCGCCGCCACGGCGACAGCCACCGCCACGGCAACAGUCGCCGCGAUACAGGAGAAGCAAAACCAAGAACUAAACUACGGGCCUAUGGGUGGCGCUUCCUCUUACAAUACCCAGUUCCUGUCGCACUCCGGGCCCCGCGGCCCGCCCGGCAUGACCCCGUCCGGAAUGGUCGGCUCCAGACCCCCUUCCAUGGGACCCAUGUACACACAGCAGGGCCAGAGGUUGCCUCAGCAUCCCGUCUAUUCUGGAGGCCAGCAGGGUCCUCCGCGACACCAGCAGGGUCUGAAACGCCCCUACAACUCCGACGGAUUUCCGGGUCAGCAGUAUGGUCCCGGAAUGGGAGCUGGGGGCCCAUACCCAGGCCAGCCCAUGCAGUACCAUGGUCCUGGACCCCAGCGGUCUGCCCCUUCACCAUCUUACCCAGCCCAUCGAAUGCCCCUCCAACAACCCAAUAUGGGCCAGUAUCCUGCAGGACCAGGAAACCCCAGCCAGUUCUACAAGGACCAGUUUAACGGACAAGGCAACAGCCACAACAGCCUAUCCUCUGGAGUGACGGGAGCUGGAUACAACACCUUCAACCAGGCCUCUGUCAAUGGGCCCGGGCGUGCAAUGACAGGAUAUCCCAGCUCUCCUCUCCCAGGAAACCCCACUCCUCCUAUGACCCCUGGCAGUUCAAUGCCCCCGUAUAUGUCCCCCGGCCAAGAUGUCAAAUCGCCCUUCCUCCAUGAUGUCAAGCCCAAUAUCAACUCUCUGCAGCCCCCUACAGGGAACCCCAGUGAUGACCUCCGCCUGACGUUCCCAGUAAGGGACGGCGUUGUGUUAGAACCCUUCAGACUGGAGCACAACCUGGCCGUCAGCAACCAUGUCUUCCAGCUGCGAGACUCCGUCUACAAGACACUUAUGAUGAGGCCAGACCUGGAGCUGCAGUUUAAGUGCUAUCACCAUGAAGACCGGCAGAUGAACACCAACUGGCCGGCAUCAGUGCAGGUGAGCGUCAACGCCACACCUCUCACCAUCGAGCGCGGGGACAACAAGACGUCCCACAAACCCCUGUACCUAAAGCAUGUGUGCCAGCCGGGACGCAACACCAUCCAGAUCACAGUCACGGCCUGCUGCUGUUCUCAUCUGUUCGUGCUGCAGCUGGUUCACAGGCCAUCUGUGCGCUCUGUGCUUCAAGGUCUCAUGAAGAAGAGACUCCUGCCAGCUGAGCACUGUGUCACUAAGAUUAAGAGGAACUUCAGUAGUGGCACCAUUCCCGGAACUCCCGGUCUUAACGGCGAGGACGUGGAGCAGACGGCCAUCAAGGUGUCGCUCAAGUGUCCAAUCACCUUCCGGCGCAUUCAGCUCCCUGCCAGGGGCCACGACUGCAGACACAUACAGUGCUUUGACCUGGAGUCCUACCUGCAGCUGAACUGUGAGAGAGGAACUUGGCGGUGUCCUGUGUGCAAUAAGACGGCUCUUUUGGAGGGGCUAGAAGUGGACCAGUACAUGUUGGGAAUUCUUAUUUACAUCCAAAAUUCGGACUAUGAGGAGAUCACCAUUGAUCCAGUGUGCAGCUGGAAGCCAGUUCCGGUGAAACCAGACCUGCACAUUAAAGAGGACCCAGACGGUCCUGCCCUGAAACGCUGUCGCACCCUGAGCCCUAGUCACAUGAUCUUGCCCAGCGUCAUGGAGAUGAUUGCAGCCCUGGGACCUACCUCCUCGCCCUACCUGUCUCUACCGCAAGGUGGCAGCAGCAGCACACCUGAUUAUCCCAGCCAAGGUGGCUCAGGUUACUCUAACCAGCCAGGCUUUUCGGACUUUCCCAAUGCUCCGGGCACCCCCACCCUGGGGGAGUUUGCUUCCGGGCCGCCCCCUCUCUCUUACCAAUCUGACCUGCCUAGUGGACUCCUCACCCCGGAAAAACCUGUGGGACAUCCAAUGUCUGGACAGAUUCCCCACUCUAGUCGCAUGGACCCUUCCCACAAUCCCCUCCAACAGCAGCAACAACCGCAGCAUCAAGCUCUCCAUGGAAACUCAAACAUGGGUGGCCCUGGUGGACACAUGCACUCCCGAAACUCCUCUCAGAAUCCCCGGCUGCACACAGACAGCUUUGGGCUUGGCAGCCCCGGAGGGCCUGGAGACGUUCCAGAGCCUGCCCUCGAUCUUCUCCCAGAGCUGACAAACCCCGAUGAGUUACUGUCCUACUUGGGACCGCCCGACCUCCCCAACAACAGUAACGAUGACCUGCUCUCCCUGUUCGAGAGCAACUGAGCCCCAUCCCACUCAUCCAUCAGCCUACAGCAGCUGUCCAACAGACAGCCUCCCUAAUCCCGCAUACUCUCGGCUCAUCUUGGGGAGGUUUGGGAAGUGUAAUAGAUAAGUUUCCUCCUGAGACUGGAAUGCAGUGACUCAUGGGAAGGUGCAACAAAGAUCCUUUUUAUUUUCCUGUGACAGUGUUGCUGUUUGUCUGCUUAUCUAAACUCUCAAGAUUUUGUGAAUUUCGGGUUCGAAAGAGUUCCUUUCUCUCAAAUCAUUUGUAGAAAGACGCCUCAACUCGCAUCUGACUCAUGUGGUGUAAAUUGCAUUAUGUGGGGGCGGGUGGGACGGGGUCCCGGUAUUGUUUGUUUCUCAUUGCAGGUUCUGUUUUAAAUCUGAAUUAGAUGAGGAAUCAAUUCUAGGGCUGAUCAAAAACAACAUGGGCGAAACCAAAGUCUCUCACUUUUGUGAACUUGAAUGAAAUACAUUUGAUAAACAGGUUAAACUUGCUGUUAAGUAUGCUGUAAAUCACAAAUGCGGCUUACCUUGAGAGUUGAAACCUAAUUUUCUUAAUGAACAGGAAGUUUUUUUUUUUUGCCUAAAAAUGACCACAAAGCGAGCUCGAUGUGAUGGUCUUUAACCACCAAUCAGUUGAUAUUAAAAAGUGUGUUACUUGCAGGACACUUCAAGUGUAGCCUUUUCAAACAUGAUAACCGGAGCCGUCACAAUAAGUCAGAAUUUAAACAGUAGCAUUAAAGAUGUGCACUAUCACAUUUCCUUUUUUCCUCGCCAAGAGGCGGUCAGUUAGAUGCACAUACCAGAUUUGCCUAAGGCUGCAAACAAAAACGAUGAAGGCAGUUAAUCAGUCAUUUUAUGUAACACCCACACAUGCGCACCACACUUGCUAUGUGUUUUGGCACAAACUUAAAAUAAUUUUAUGCCACUCCCUGCUCUAAAAAACUUGUCUGUUUUGCUGUGUCUUUGUUUAC